GAACCUCCCAGACUACUCCAUCUUCUCCUUUUUAAAUUACUCCCAAUUUCAAGAUAAUUAAUUAUUUCUUCACCGGAAAUUUAUCCACAGCUGACUAAAUUCACCGAAUUCCUUUCAAUGGCGUCGGCGUCCUCCUUCGCCCCCGUGCGGCUUCACUUGCCGCGCCCGGACACCGCCAUGUCCCCUCAGGCGCUAGUAUCUGUUAAUUUCUCAACCAAUCUCGGCUCUCUCACUUCGCCUAAUCGGUUGCAGUUAAUGCACAACAGUGUUGCAUUGACCAGACAAUUGAGUAGAUUUCAUCGAAAGUCGCGCUCAUUCAGCGUGCGGUGUGAUGCGUCGUCCAAUGGAAGAAUUACGCAGUCGGAGUUCACGGAGAUGGCGUGGCAAGCGAUUGUGUCGUCGCCGGAGGAGGCGAAGAGCAAUAAGCAUCAGAUAGUGGAGACUGAGCAUUUGAUGAAAGCUCUUUUGGAGCAGAAGAACGGCCUUGCUCGUCGGAUAUUUUCCAAGGCUGGGGUGGAUAAUACUAGACUGCUUGAUGCUACUGAGAAAUACAUUCAGCGUCAGCCCAAGGUUCUUGGAGAUUCAGCUGGAUCAAUGUUAGGACGAGAUUUGGAAGCACUGAUACAGCGAGCCAGGGAUUACAAGAAAGAGUUUGGCGAUUCAUUUGUCUCAGUAGAGCAUUUAGUUCUUGGUUUUGCAGAGGAUAACCGGUUUGGGAAGCAAUUAUUUAAGGAUUUCCAGCUUUCUCUGAAAACGGUUAAAGAUGCCAUUCAGUCAAUAAGGGGAAAACAGACUGUUAUUGACCAAGAUCCUGAAGGAAAAUAUGAAGCGCUAGAAAAAUAUGGAAAAGAUUUAACAGCCAUGGCAAGAGCAGGAAAGCUGGACCCUGUUAUAGGAAGAGAUGACGAAAUACGCAGAUGCAUUCAGAUUCUUUCAAGGAGAACAAAGAACAAUCCUGUUUUAAUUGGUGAACCUGGUGUUGGGAAAACUGCAAUAUCUGAAGGGCUGGCCCAGAGAAUUGUGCAAGGAGAUGUUCCUCAGGCUUUGAUGAAUCGCAAGUUGAUAUCUCUUGACAUGGGAGCUCUCAUUGCUGGUGCAAAAUACCGUGGAGAAUUUGAAGAUAGACUGAAGGCUGUUCUUAAGGAAGUCACUGAUUCAGAUGGCCAGAUAAUACUUUUUAUUGAUGAGAUUCACACAGUAGUUGGUGCAGGUGCUACAAAUGGUGCAAUGGAUGCUGGAAACCUCUUGAAACCCAUGCUUGGUCGUGGAGAGCUCCGAUGCAUUGGUGCAACCACAUUGGAUGAGUACCGUAAGUACAUUGAAAAAGAUCCGGCCCUGGAACGGCGGUUCCAGCAAGUUUAUGUAGACCAACCUACUGUGGAAGACACCAUCUCCAUUCUCCGUGGUUUGCGUGAGAGAUAUGAGCUGCACCACGGAGUUCGAAUUUCAGAUAGUGCACUCGUUGAAGCUGCAAUUUUAUCAGAUCGCUACAUCAGUGGGCGCUUUCUUCCUGACAAAGCCAUUGACCUGGUUGAUGAAGCAGCUGCAAAACUAAAAAUGGAGAUUACCUCAAAGCCAACAGCUCUUGAUGAAAUCAACCGUGCAGUUCUUAAACUUGAGAUGGAAAGGCUAUCACUGAAAAAUGAUACUGAUAGAGCGACAAAAGAUAGGUUGAAUCGCCUUGAAGAUGAGCUAUCCCUCUUAAAGCAGAGGCAAACUGAACUGAAUGAGCAGUGGGAGCAUGAAAAAACAGUCAUGACACGCCUUCAAUCUAUUAAGGAGGAAAUUGACAGAGUAAAUCUUGAGAUCCAGCAGGCUGAGCGAGAGUAUGAUCUUAAUCGUGCGGCUGAGCUGAAAUAUGGAAGCCUUAAUUCAUUGCAGCGUCAACUUGAAAUUGCAGAGAAGGAACUGGAUGAGUAUAUAAGGUCUGGGAAGUCAAUGCUUAGGGAAGAAGUUUCUGGUAGUGAUAUUGCUGAAAUUGUAAGUAAAUGGACCGGUAUUCCUGUUUCCAAACUCCAACAGUCUGAAAGGGAGAAGUUGUUGCAUUUAGAGGAGGAGCUACAUAAACGUGUGAUUGGUCAAAAUCCAGCAGUUACAGCAGUUGCUGAAGCUAUACAGAGAUCAAGGGCUGGCCUCUCAGAUCCUCACCGUCCAAUUGCUAGCUUUAUGUUCAUGGGUCCCACAGGUGUUGGAAAGACAGAGCUGGCUAAGGCUCUCGCAUCCUAUUUAUUCAACACAGAAGAUGCUCUGGUAAGAAUUGAUAUGAGCGAGUAUAUGGAGAAGCAUGCGGUCUCACGAUUAAUUGGGGCCCCUCCUGGCUAUGUUGGAUAUGAAGAAGGAGGGCAACUGACAGAGACUGUUCGGAGGAGGCCAUACGCAGUUAUUUUGUUUGAUGAGAUAGAGAAGGCUCACUCUGAUGUAUUCAACGUGUUCCUCCAAAUCCUAGAUGAUGGUAGAGUAACUGACUCGCAAGGACGCACUGUUAGCUUCACCAACUGUGUAAUUAUCAUGACAUCAAAUGUGGGUUCACAAUAUAUACUGAACCAGGAUGAUGAUGACACUUCUAAGGAGAUGGCCUAUGAAACUAUAAAGCAAAGAGUAAUGGAUGCCGCAAGAUCAAUAUUCCGUCCAGAGUUCAUGAAUCGAGUGGACGAGUACAUCGUAUUCCAACCUCUUGAUCGCGAUCAGAUCAGCAAUAUUGUCAGGUUACAGUUGGAUAGAGUGCAAAAGAGGAUAGCAGAUCGAAAGAUGAAGAUGAAGGUGAGUGAUGGUGCAGUACAACUCUUGGGUAGUCUGGGAUACGAUCCAAACUAUGGGGCGAGGCCGGUGAAACGUGUGAUCCAGCAAUACGUUGAGAACGAGCUGGCAAAGGGGAUUUUGAGAGGAGACUUCAAAGAUGAGGAUACCGUACUUGUGGACACUGAAGUCUCAGCCUUUGGCAAUGGGCAGUUGCCUCAGCAGAAGCUCGUCUUCAGAAAGCUGGGCUCCGGCUCUGAUGUGGACCAAAGAAGCCAAGACCAAGUGUUUUCACCAACGCAAUGAUAAUAAUCUCUCAACCCUGUAAUUCUACAUAACUGUAUUGGUAUAGAAAUAAUUGAGCAUUAAAUUAAACCUUUAUAAUCAAGUUGAGUGUGUAGUCUUUUAAAUGCACUAAAUAAAGACAACCAUUGCCCAUUGGUAUAUUA